AUGCAGAAGUUGGUCAAUGAAUUAAGGGAUGAGCUGCGGCAGGAGCUAAAAACAGCUCGCAAGGCCAUAGAAAGGGAUUUCCGCACGCAGAUGAAAGCACUGCGAGCGGAACUUCGUGAUGAUGCUCACAGUAUGGAACACAUGAAUGCUGUCUUUGAAGACGCGCGACAGAAUUAUGACGCCAUCAAGGCGGAGAAUGCCGAGCUCAAGGAAGAGAAUAGUAAUGUACGCACUGAACUCAAGAAACGCCUUGCAGACGCUGAGUUUCGUCUGCGACAUUCUGAACAAUACUCGAGGAACGAGAACAUUGAAAUCAAAGGCAUUGAGGAAAACCCCAACGAGGACGCAACUGCUGCUGUUUGCAAACUAGGACAGCUUUCGGGAGCGAACGUUGUACCAGAUGACAUAGAGGCUUGUCACCGCGUUCACGCUAGCAACAAGCCAGGCUGUAUUAUUGGGCAGUUCACGAGACGACAGAAGCGAGAUGACCUGCUUGAGAAAGCGAAAAAGCUGCGCCUAAAGAACGGUGACUUUGGCAACAACUCGGUGUCGCCUGUUUACGUCAAUGAACACCUAUGUCCAACAUUAAAACGUCUUCUUCGAAUGGCUGUAACCAAAAAGCGGGAAAGUGGAUGGAAAUACGUAUGGUGCCGCAACGGGAAGAUCUUCGCCAAAAAAUCGGAUGGUUCAGAGACACUUGCCAUAAAGCGGGAGCACGAUCUAGAGAAGAUCCAAUGA